GUGUUUGUGUUAGCUAGCGAGGUUGCGUCUCACAGUUUCACCUGAGCUGGGUUAAAAUGACACAUUCCAGAUACGAUUAGGGAUGCUUGACUUUAUUUCGAAGAGCUGUGCAGUAACUUAACAUCGGUGUUGGGGGGAUCUCUAUGUCAGUAAGAUGCCUAUCCGAGCAUAUUGUACAAUUUGCUCCGAUUUCUUCGAUCACUCCAGAGAUGUGGCUGCCAUCCACUGCGGACACACUUUCCACUAUGAAUGUCUUCUUCAGUGGUUUCAGACAGCCCCCACUAAAACCUGUCCACAAUGUCGUAAACAGGUCAGCACCAGGCACAUUAUCAACAGGCUGUUCUUUGACGUUGGUGGAGAGGAGGAGGCCAGUGCGGACCCGGACAGCUUGCAGAAUGAGCUGGGCCGAAUGAAGGCAGUUCUAAGCUCUAAAGAGCAAGACUGGCGGGACAAACAGAAGGUGAUGGACAGUUUAAAGGACACUGUGGACAAGCAGAGGAGAGACCUGGAUAGUGUGCGGAAAGAGAUUAUGGAAAAGGAGAUGCUGUGUUGUGCCCUGCGAAAACAGAUGUCAUACUUAGAGAUGCAACAGAAUGAUGUUCAGGCUGCCAAGGAGGAGGCACGAAGACUCAGGACCAGAAUGAAAACUUAUGAAAGCCUGGAUGUGCUGUUACAGGGCCAGAGAGCAGAGGUGGAGUCCAUGAUCACAGAUAUGGGUGUCAGCCAGGCAGCGGUGGAGCAGCUCUCUAUCUACUGCAUCUCUCUCAAAAAAGAGUAUGAUAAUCUAAAGGGAAGCCUGAAGUCUUCAAAUGACAUGUGUGAGAAGCUGAAGAGAGAAGUGCUGUCUUCCAACAACAAGUUACAAAAAGCUGCAGUGGAGGUGAAUCAGACCAAAGAUGACAUGAAGUCUCUGCAGAAAGAUUUGGCCAGUGCUGACAAAGAAAUCUCUAGUCUAAAGAAGAAGGUGGAGUUUCUUCAGAAGACUUUGAGCACGCCGACACGGACGAACGAAGCCCUCAGUCGGCUCGUAUUUGAAAGCCCGGCCCCUCUGGAGCUGAAGCAGCCUCGCCUCCACCAGCCGGCAGACAGCGAGGACAUUGACCUCAACAUGACCUAUGACAUCACUACCCCAGACGAUGCGGCCAAGAGACCGAAGCAGGUCCCAUCGAAGAAGAUGCGUCUGGAGCCACCUGUAACAUCUGCGUCCAAACACAAUGAAAAAACCUCAUCUUCGAGCAAGGCACGAGAUGAAGAUUCAGUCAUGGAUCCUUUCUUGAGGAACUCCCUCCUCUUUAGAAAGAAGACUUUCGGCAGCAUGUUGGACCCUCAGAGGAAGUCUGGAGUUGUCAGAACUGGUUAUGAUGGAUUAGGAGGACGAACUAAAUUCAUUCAACCUUCUCCUUUAUCAGAGAUUCGCCCGCUGAUGAAAGCUAAAAGGAAAAAGGUGACCAGGCCUCCACCCAAGAUUUCAACUUGUCUGACUCUGGACGGCUUCCUCGAGUAAAUAUUGGAAUCAAAGUUCAGGAUACUGCCUGUGAAGACGCUUGCUGGUGCUGUUCUGGCUCAGGGAGCAGCCUGGCAGCUGUUCUGCCACUCAACACCUAACAGGACUUUCUGCUUGAACUUUUAUUUUAAAAGCAGCAACUGUCCUUCGACCUGACAACAAAUACUGGCUUUUUUUGGUGAUGUCGGCAAACCUGCCACACAUUCACUUUUGUGUUGACGUGAACUUGUUUGUGUAGACUGUUGUCCUGACCAGGCUUUGGUUUGGAGCCUCCUCUUGUAGUUGUGCAUGUGUGUGAGAGACAGAUUUAUCUGCAAACCUUUUGACUGAGCUGCUCCCAGUAUGGCAUUGAUUGUCACAGCCACAUCUCUUCUCUGCACACUGAAAAAUAAUCAGUCAUUUUUCUAUCAGUCUCCACAUGUUAACCUACAUGUGGAUAUGUAGGUUAAUAUGUGGAGACUGGGUGAAAAAUAACAGAUUAUGUUAACCUACAUGUGGAUAUGAUGUUGGUGUUUUUUAGUUUAACGUAACCAAACUCAAAUAAUAAACAGUAUUUUUUAUUAA